AUGCCCACUCCAUACUUGUUACUCUUCUUCCUUGGUCUGGUGGUUCUCACCACUCCUUCCAUUGCCGAUCACAACCGUGAUGUGGCAGUGGAUGAGGAGGAGCAACCAUCACCUGUUGACCUGUCUGCUUUUGUGCAGAUGGAAUCAACAGAGGAAGAAGUAGAACCUAAGCACAAGGCACCAAAGAGAGCUCCAAUAUCACCACCAAAGGAAGAAGCGGAACUAAUGGAGGAAGCACCUAAGCACAAGCGCAAACACAAUCACCCCCCAACACCACCACAACCAGACGCACCUCCGACGACUCGGAAGCCGCCGCCAGGGCCACCAACACCACCAGCACCACUAACACCAGCAACAACAAUGGAAAAUGAAAUGGAGGAGCCACCCAGGUUCAGGGGUAAGCCACUAUCACCGCCGCCACCCCCACCAUCACCAGCACCAAGUCCAAAAUCUUCGCCGAAGCGGAAUCCUCCUAGGAAGACUCCGCCAACACCACCACCUCCAACAGAAGCGCCAAGCCCAAAAUCUCCGCCGAAACAGAAGCCACCUAGGAAGGCUCAGCCUCCGCCACCUCCUGCGCCUGUCACUAGUUAUGAUGAGUGA